AUGACUAAUAUCGAGGCUGCAAUUGGAGCUAUUAAUGCUCCAGAGCCUGGAGAGCCCUUUACAUAUACUGAAAUUGCAAAAAGGUUUGGUGUCAAUCGAUCCACGCUUAGUCAAAGACACCGAGGUCACCGCGCCUCCCGCGCUGAAGGCUAUCAAAAGCUAAAACUCCUUCACCUACACCAGGAGCAGGCCCUAAUCGCCUAUAUCAAUCGAUUGACAGACAGAGGCUUACCACCUACUCAGUCAAUGAUA